UCCCCUGUAUUUAACUGUAAUAUGCCCUUUAGCUUGAAAUAAGUUUGUUUUUCAUCUAGUAGAGCAACUCUCCUUGUAAUUCUAGGUGGCAUGUAUAACACUGAGUAGGUGCAUUCUGGAAACUGUGUAAAAAGAGAUUUAUCGGGUCAAAUUUUGCCCCGUGUCUCCCAGUCUGAAGGGUGUUUGGACAAACUGUUAAAAUUUCUGGAUCUCGGAACGCUGUGGGAGAACGGAGGUGUGCUAUUCAUCCAGGUUUAUAUUUUAUCAGAAAAAUAAUAGGACCCCGGGCGGCGGCGUCACCAAGCGCGGAGAGGCUGCGUAAUGACGUGUGCACGCAGCCCCGCCCACUGCCUGCAUGUUUCCCCAAAAUGUAGCUGAAGCAGAAGAGUAGCAGAACUCGGGCUGUUACAGCACAUGAUGGAGAUAUAGAGAGCUCAGCGAGCUCUUCCUCCAGAGUCCGGCAGCAUGGAGGAGAUUCGUCCGUUGGUGUUCCCUCGGCAGCAGGAGACCAACGAGCUGCCUUCCCCAAACCUUCAGCCCAGGCACAGGGAGCUGUUACCCACACCAUGUGGACCAAUAAAGCGGUGGUCGGAGCUGCCGGGUCUGGUGAAGGUGUAUUUCUGCUUCACGCUCUGCUCUCUGCUGGCCCUCCUCAUCCUCACUCUGAUCAACAUCCAGAAGGAGAGUCAGGGUGCAGCCAGCGAUGAUGACCUCACCGUCUCCCUGAUCCAGCUUGUGAGCAUCUUGUUCUGCAUGUACUACAUCACACGGGGGGUUCUGCAGGAGAACAGGCAGGAGCUGAUUGUCUUUGUUCUCAGCGUGAUCGUGGUCAUGGUGCGUUCGGUGGCCAACUUCAGCGUGCUCCAAUCCCACGACCCACUUUUAAUGGCACGCUUUGUGUGUAUCCUGUGUGUGGGCUUGCUGCAUGUGAUCUGCGGCGUUCUGUUGAUCCAAACACCCAACAUGAUGGCCUUCCGUGUGGGCGGAGCUUUAGAGAGCCUGCAGGAGCAGUACUUCAUACUGAACCUGUGCUUCUCCAUGGUCACCUUUGAUCUUCAGGCCCAGCUGUGCCUGUGCAUCCUAAUCCUGACUUCAGGCACCUCUGUGUCGUACUUCCACACGAUCAUUCUGGGAAUUGGGGUGGUCUGGGCUUGCUUAACUGCUGCAACUGGAGCCAUUGCUGUGCUAAAAGAAGUGAAGCUCCUGGUUUGGAUUUUCUUCCUCCAGAAUCUUCCACAGCUGGCUUAUUUCAUUUACCUUCUGUACUCGAUCAUCACUCAGUGGGGAGAAAGUAAGACCUACACGUUGGAGGCUGCCGCCAUAACAGGCUGUGUGGUUUCAGUGGUCAUUAAAAGUGUGCUGUUCUGGGGGCUGUACCGUCUCUACCAUAGCUUUGGUCAAGGCCUUCGUGAGAGAAUGUUUGCUUCAGACAAUCACUGAGCACCUUGUGAAGACGAUUAGUGUGAGAAAACUGCUGUGUUUGUGAAGAGUACAGCGAUUUGGCAACAACAGUUUCAACACUUUCCAGCCACUGUACACUGACUGCACUUUCCACCACACGGAUCGUUUAUGGACUACUUUCCUGAAGUGAGAGUGAUGAGUUCUGCAUGCAUCAUGUUUUCAUUUUAGAAGUUGAAGCCAAGUCGUGCCGUCUUGCCAAACGUGUUUUAAACAGAGUGAAUGUUGUUACUGAUGUUUUUACUGUUUUUAAAGCCCACUACUACAGUAACUUAUAAACUAGCUUUUAUUCCAAAUUAUAUAAACUACUACAGACUCUGGAAGAUAUGAUCUCUAAUCAUACUUGGCUAAUCUUGCUUUAACUUAUGAUUAAUGUAUAAUGUUUAACCUGUUUGAUGCUUUAAUCCAGAAAUUUCCUCAAAGGUAAUCCACAAAAAAAAGGUGGCCACAGGUUUUACUCUAGCUGGAGCAGGGCUAACCUCACCUUACCUCACCUUAUUAUUCUCAGCUGUUUAAUGACUGGUGGUAUCACUUCAAUAAAACCUUAAAAACAUGUAUUUGAAGUCCUACACUGUAAAUUUGCCAGUAUUAAAACAGCAUUGUUAGUGUUAAAUGAACAUUUAGGGGCAGUUUUCUCAGACAGAUAUUAAAGGACCAUUAAGGAUUAUAUUUUCUGUAGUAAGUCAUAAAUAACAUGAUCAGGAUGCAUCAUUAUCAGAUAUUAAGGAAACAUGCUGAGUUUAAGCACUGUUAGCUCUUGUCAGCAGAGCUUCAGGUUCAGUAUUUUCUUAUUUAAACUGUGCGGUACGUCACGGUAAUCUGUGUAGGUUUUAGCUUCCAAAUCUGCCUGCCACCAUUCCCCCAAUUCCAUUUCCACACUGCAGGUUGCCAGGUAUAGAACACAACUUCAAGCAAACAGUGUGCUGCAGCCAUGGAAACAAACAAGCUGGCUAUUUUUCUACUUAAACAGGUAAUCACUGAGCUUCAGUCAGGUAACAAAUCAUAGCUGGGUAAUUGUAAAAUGUUAAAUGUUGAAAGUGUUUAAUCAGUGUUCAUUUAAUACCGGCAAAUUUACUGUGUAAUUUUAAAAUAUAAUAGAUACAAGUGCCUUGGAUUUUCUUAAAGCAAAACCUCAUUUGUGUGUAAUUCAACUAAACUAACAACUCACAUUGCAUUUUUAUAGACAGGAUUUAUUAUAUAUUUUGUAAAUAUUUAAAGGGGAAAAUCCACCUAUUUUUAUUUGUACAUAAUUAAUUAAUUGAGAACAAGUAAUGUGAUGUGGAAUGGUUGAUUGAUGUUUUGAUUUCAUUACAUUAAUAGUGAAUGAAACCAUGGAUUGUGAUAUCUACAAUUUUGCAACUUUUGUAAAAAGUGAUUUAUCUGUUUAAACUAAAAAAAAAACAUUUGGUUAAACACCAUUUAACCAGGUUCAUUUAACUAAAAUACUCAAAUUCACACUUUGUUUGAAUUGUAAUUUGAUACUAGACUGAACGCUAAAAGUGAAAACUAUUUCAGUUGCUGAAUAUCUGGUGCAGCUCUACUCUUCAGGGGUAGUAGAGCUGUUGAACAACUUAAAUAAGGUGCAAUGUUAAAUAGAUCAAAUCAGGAACAACAAAUUUGAUGUGUGUACUGUAUUUUGGUUGCAAAGACACAUACCAUACACUAUUUGCUGUUUUUCUGCAGUAUUGAUUGCUGCCAGCAUUGCUGUCUGGCAGGUACAUUCCACUGUGAAAAUUUCAUGUUUGGUUGCAGAUUUAGUCGCACUUUUAUACUCUGUUAAUGCCGUCAGACUGGCUUAUCAUCUUACCAGUACCUGAGCAUCAGAAAUUGCUAAAUGUGAUUAUUUGGAGAUGUACUCAAGCUAAAAGUAGUUUGCAAAAGUUUGCAGUUUUUAUAUUUCAGUUUAGAUCAGUUUAACAGCAGCUGUUACUGUAAUACUGUAUUACUGCCCCUUCUGUAGAAAAAACAAAAUUACUGCAGUUUAUUAACGACACUUUGUAAAAGCAUUCUAAUGUUUUUGGACUUGGUGAUGAAGCAUUGUGUUUUUACUGAUACACUGCACUGUUUAUUGGAGUUUCACUCUGUUUCUACUGUAUAUACUUUAAUUAUGAGCAUUUCUAAUGAAUUAAAUAUAUACACUCCAUAAACAUU